CGCAAUCAGGUUCGUGCUCGAUGUUUCUAACCGCCUCGCUCGUCGCAGCCGGGAGAGAGAGACGGUAGUGCACGUUUUUACGUUUGCUCGCGAGCUACAUUGCCUAAGUACGGUCCCGGUUAUCGGAACGCUGGUGCUCGCACGAUCGCGCGCGCGGCCUCUUUUAUUCGUAUCUCGAUCUCCUCGGCUGCCUCGCGCGUCCCGUUGUUGUUUAUCUUCGGCAGCUGGCCGACAGACACCCCGGUCCGCGCGUCGCCACGUAAAAAGUUUCGUAUACGCGCGGCCCGCGUACGAACCGGAAGGACCAUCGGUGUCGACGUUACGGAAGGCACAAGAGUGUGAGGGAACAGCCUGAAACGGAAGCGGAGAAAAUAAAAAGAAGGGAACGCCGCGGUGCCUCUUGACCGGCAGACUCGCGACAGGAGCGCGCGUCUGCCUAGUCGGUUAACCAGCCGACCAUUCAGUCAGUCGGUCGAUCGUUCGGUCAGUGCCGGCUUAUACGCCACGGACCGCGCCGCACGUUUUCUGUUUACUCGCCACGAGUAUUGUAAUUCGACUCACGGUCCCGAUGAUCGUACCCGAUCCAGUAAGUGAAGAGAAUACUACGCCGGGCGUCCGAUCUGGUGCUGUUACACGAUUUGUGAUCCACCUACGAGGCGAAAUAGUCGCUCGUUCCUCGUGCAGGCCCAAGGGAAAUGUGCUGCCACGGACACGGCCCCAGUGAUUGAUGAAUUCGUGAUACUUGCGUUGAAUUCUUUACUAUCUUUAUUUUUUUUUUUUGUUGGUGAUGAUUGUGCUGGUUCGCUAAUGUAUAUCUCGUCGCCAUCGAUAAGAGGGACCUCUCAUCCGCUGUCGUACGUCGAUCGUUAGAGCAUCGUCGUUCUACCUCCCCGCUUGGUCCACGUCGUCACGAGAGGAGAGAUCAAGGCGGCUGAAGCAGGAGGUGGAAGGAGAGGUCAGUGAAAAAGGAGCGAACAAGUGGGUAGCAGAGGUCGGGAAGGGCAUGAUAAGCAAGGACACGCGUGUUUCGCGAAAAUCAGCUGACUUGGUGGACGAUUCCCGACAGCCGGUCGUCCAAACACCGAGAAAGUAUCGACAGACUUGUCGCCGCGCUUCUUCUCGACAACGGAUGUCGGAAUAACGCGUCCAUCGAGCCGUGGCAGGGCAGAGGGUGCAAGGACUUCGUUAAACGGGUGAAAGUAAUACACGUCGUGGUUUGUGCCCGAAGAAGUGGAAGAAGCGUGGACGGUGAAGGGAGAGACGAAAGGAACAAACACACGGGGAUCGUUGAAUUUUCUGCGCACCAGAACCGAUCGCGGGCUCGUCGUGUCAGCAUUCUACCGACAACGGCGGAUAACGUCCUCUCGUCGUUAUCGCGAUGUCGUCGUUACGAGAUCCACCGUGCCGGUAAACACGAAAUUUCCUUACGCCUGAUCAGGCUAGCCGGGACCCCGGUUCGACGCGACGUUCAUUCACGCCUGGACCCUAGGAUCGAUCGGACCAAAACUAAACGGAAUCGAGAAACAGCACUGACGAGGGAGAACGAGACUACCAAAGAAUUUUUCGUUCGAGAAACGUUUGAAAACUAGAUCGAGGGAAGGUGGAAGGGUAACGAAAAAUCGAACCUCGAGGAGACACGGUCGAACUUACGAGAUCGUUUCGAGCGAGUCGGGUCAGAACAGUUGCACGAGGACGCGGUUCAGGCUGUGUUGACUAGCACGUGGUUGAUAAGGAUAGAGGGGUGCGUGGUGAAACGCGACGAGAGGGUGAAGUGAAGGUGUCCUCGUGGGGUGCCAGAGUGAGCACGAUAGCACCUCUGGUGCCCUCGGCCGUGGGUCCCGAGGGGACGGACGCCAUGGCGGCCUCUUCGUCCUCGUCGAGCGGCGAGCAACAGUACUCACUCAGGUGGAACGACUUCCACUCGAGCAUCCUCAGCUCAUUUCGUCAUCUGAGGGACGAGGAGGAUUUUGUGGACGUGACCCUGGCUUGCGACAGUAGCAGCUUCACCGCGCACAAGGUCGUCCUCUCUGCGUGCAGUCCUUAUUUCCGGAGUCUUCUCAAGGCCAACCCAUGCCAACAUCCGAUCGUGAUCCUGAGGGACGUCGCCUCCUCGGACAUGGAGUCCUUGCUGCGAUUCAUGUACCACGGCGAGGUGCACGUGGGCCAGGAGCAGCUGGCAGCGUUCCUCAAGACGGCGCAGAUGCUCCAGGUCCGAGGGUUAGCCGACGUCAACAGCGGCGCCGCCACCGCCAAGAUCCCGCCUCCCUCGUCUUCCGGUGGUUACAACGGUAGCGCACCGGCGACGCCGCGUAAUCCUUGGCAAGACAACGGCAGGGGAGAGUUGAACGAGAGCGGUUUGAGUCCACCGCUAGAGAAGAGACCUAGAAGCAACACUCCGCCGCUUGGUAACCACGUUGAACCGAAAACGGACCUUCAGGACUCGCUUCUGGGUCAGGCUUUGGAAGGAGGACCCACGUUACACACAACGCCCACCAACAACGUACAGGCACAGUCUACCGGCGAGGACUCGAAUUCCAUGUCGGACAACGAGGAGGAUAUGUCGAACAACGACAGCAUUCUGAACUCUGUGAAAACCGAGCCGAGCGACAUCCUGAACGACUCCAUGGAGCAUCAUCGUAACUCGUUUCCCGCGGCACUUUUGGGAUUACCAGGACUGAUACCAGGACCGUCGGGGAUCCACGCGGCGAAUCAGGAUCCAAAUUACGUUAGGAAUUAAAGGGCGGAGGUGGCGAAUAGGCAAAGAGGUGGCGAAAGAGGAUGCUGAUACGAGGAUUGGCCGACCUAUUUUCGUAUUGUACCGCAGUGCGCAGCCAAUCCUUCGAGGCUGCGAUAAGUAAGCCUCCGCGAUUGGCCAAGAGAGACAGAGAGAGAGAGAGAGAGAGUUCUUGAAGCGCUCCUUGCGGAAUUCUUAUCGGCACAAGUGGCACAAUCAGAAAGAGAGAUGCGUCGGCCUCGUUCCGCGAAAGAAAGUCAUUCGCGGGAAACGUCGAUAAGGGCGGCAUUCAUCCCUUUCGUGGACUCGUUUCAUCGGCGAGAGGGGCGAGAGAGGGGGGCGGAGAUGAAUAAAGAAUCAGAACGAAGGAGCAGAAGCGUCGAAAAUAAUUUUCUCUUUCGGCCGCUUAGGCGGAGAGGCGCGACGGGAAACGAAACGGAAAUGCAAUUGGUUGGAAUCGCGGUUACACGCGGCACGGAAACGGGGCGAAUUAUUUUCGAGCACGAAAAGCAACCCGCGAACUAAAUUCGCGAUUCGGGGCACAGCGGUUCUGGCUACGUUUGCCUUUAAACGUUACCCUUUUGUAUAGGCUGCUUUUAAAAUAUCGACGCGUGCGCUAAAACCGGUGGUCGGGAAGCGCGCGUGUUUCAUUUGCUCCGUCUUGACACGUCGCAUUUCCGUGCAUUCGCGUGUGUACUUUGCGACGUGCACAUGUGUGGCGGACUGUACACACACGCGCACGGCCGUGUACACGCGCACAUUUAGGCUCACGGAAUUACGAGGCAGAAAGAGAUAGAGUAGGUUGUAUUGAUCUCGAGGAUUCAACAAACAGCACCUAGUGCCUCCCGCUCUCCUUCCUUUCCGACUUCACCUUACCACCCCGCGCUUCUCUCCCUCUCUUGUUCAUUCUCUCCGCAUAUUCGACUCGCCUCGUGGAUAGAGUUUGACGAGGGCGAGCAACCCUCUCCGAUAGUUCUGUGCCAUCUUAUCGUCGGAUAUGGGUUGCCACCGUCUCUCUUCGGUCGCUUUAUGCGUCGCAUAACCCAUUGUCGAUAUUCCUUCGCUUCUUUGCUCGCGAAUAAUUGAACGAUCGGAGAAAUCGUUGUUGCGGAGAAUCGCUCGAAAUUGUACGUCUCGGACGAACGUGAAAGAAAAAGUUGUCAUUCGGAUGACCUAUCGAUCCCUGGUUACCGAUCUACAUCGGUAUCGUCUACAAACCAUUUUCUAUUCUUGGAAGUCGAAAGUUUACAGUAACGAUUCGUAAGAUGAACUUCGGGGGUUGGUCAUCUUUCGUAGGAUAUUUAUACAUAGCAAUAUCGUUGAGGGAUAGAAACGUUCUACUUACGAAUCACAUCUGCGGGUCAUUUUAAGAAUCAUUACUCCGACGAAUAUGUCCCAAAUUUUGUGUACAUUCUAUUCAUUGGUUUCUGGACGUUUGCCCCCAUGCGGUAGUAGUAAAAUUUUAUCAAUUUUACUAAACGUAUUAAAGUACGUCGAACACAAAUAUGAGCGUGAUCGUUUCUAUUCGUAGCUACGAUAAGCUUUCGAGAUUUAUUUAUUCGCGGUGGAUGGAAAAGUUCCGAUCAAAGCCCCGUUUGGAAGUUUCUUACGUACGCUCAAUCCGAUCCAUAGAUCCAAUUAUCCGCCGUUAACGGGGUGAGUGUCUGUCUCGCAUCAUCGGGUCCCUGUUCCUCGAGGGUGAACGGAAGAAAGUUGCACGAGACACGCGAUACACCCGCGCCCCUAUGAGCAUCGAUCACGCGAUGUGCUUGCUCACGAUCGGCCUAUCACCCUCAUUGCGAACCCCUGGCAAAACAAACCCUGCGCCGGCUUAUCCAAUUCCACGGUAUUUCCACGAAUCUCUUCCAUCUCCUGUCUUCCGUGCUACCCAACCCUGACGUUCGUAGUUCCCGACGUAAUGGAGGCGGAGGUUCGCAUUUGUUCCCGGCACCCUCUCGUUCUAACCCUUCCCCGUCUCCCGCGCCCUUCGUUUUUGCUCGACCGUUUCUUCUGCUUUCUUCGUUUUUACCUUCGCCCUGCAAUCCCUGCCAUUCAACCGCUCGGUUCGGCCCGCCAUGUUCUCCUUAUUUGGCGUGAAACUACGUCGCCUCUGAAAGCUAGACGCCCGCCACUAAAAGCAUUCGAGAGAACCACCUCGGGUUUCCGUGCGAAAACCAAGAAACUGUUUCCGUUCUUUCGAGGGGGACGGAGAUGGAGAGGGGAGCACAACCUGCCGCGUAAAAUACUGUAUUUGAAUAACAGUUCUUUCGUACUUUGACUUGUCGUGUCACUUAUGACCCAGGGUGUCGCGACACAACAUUUUCGAAACAAUUCCACGGUGCGAAUUUCUUUGCCUUGAGGAAACGUAAUAAGAAGAAAUUGAAAGAACAUCACCGAGUGAAAAUGAAAUGUUUAAUUGUUGCUAAAAUUGUGUGGAGUAUAGUGUGCGUAUAGUUGUUCAUGAAUUUUAUAGUGUUUUUCGAAACGAACUGGAUGUUUUAGAAUGCAAGGGGGAAAAGGAUUUUUUCAUACAGAAAAACUUAGAUAAUUGAAGUCUAUUUCUAUUAAUGGAUUGAUAGAAAUGACUAUGAAAGUAUAUUUCUCUGCAUAAUUUUGAUUUUAUGUAAAGUAAACUGAAUUGCUGACUGAUAUUGACCCGCGAUAUCGAUUAAUAUUGCGAUCAUUGGGCAAUUUAAAUAUGAUAUAUUUAUUUGCAGUUGUAGUGGUUGUUCCAAUGUCGCAAUACUUAAAUCAACUUAAAAACCAAAAGUACAUGUAUAUAUUUUCUAUUAUCUUCAAGAGGUUAUAUAGUAUUUAAAUGCCGCCUCCAUUUUUAUAUUUCAGUCGAAGAAAUCUACACAAAUAUGUUACUUUCUGUUUUGUAUCGCGUUAUUUGCCAACAUUAAACUUAAUUUGCUUUGUUCGAUAAGUUAAAUAUUCGUUCCAUAAAAAUUAACAUCAUUUUAAAUGAAUUAAAAUAGAAGUAAAAUUAAUUUUGUGUUUAUAGAUUCCAAAUGCAAAAUUUUGUAUAAUUUAUACGGUUGAAGGUAUAUCCCCCAAAACGUAUUUUGACAAUAAUAUAAUGACAAACAAAUAGAAACUGUAUAAAAGGAAAGAGUUUAUAUAUUAUUGAGUAAUCAGAAAGGUGAACUAAAUAUUACAAACGUUAGAGUGUAUAUGCGAUACACUACCAUUAUUACAAGUACAGUAUUAUUAAUAUACUAAAUUAUUAGAUCAUUAGUGCUCUGAGUAAAUAAUUAAGCAGUUAAGCGGGUCACAUGCCUGCCACAAUGCUUUGAACGAGAACGACGCGA